AUGAAGGGUGGCGUAGAAGAGGUGAAGAGCCACCCGUACUUCCAGGGUGCCAACUGGGAUAAACUCUACGCGCGUCACUACCCCGCCCCAAUUCCUGUAAAGACGAGAAACGCCGGCGACACGAGUAACUUUGAGCGGUACCCAGAAAGUCAGGAUGACUGUUUGGCUCCGCUGACCGCCGCGCAACAAGCUGAGUUUCGGUUAUUCUAG